UUAUUUAUUAUUUUUCUUAUUAUCUUAUAUUAUAAUCUUAUGUCUGAGAGUGGAUACAGCUCUGGAAAGGAAUUCAAGCAGAAUAGUAUUGCUUUCUUGUUCUGUUGAAAUAAAUAUCGAUUUAUUAUUAUGUAGAUACAAGCGGCACUCUCGAUAGUGAAUUCCUCACUCGCCCGUGUUGCUCUCCUCUUUCCACGGACUCCCGAUAACCUCUAACGCGCGACCCCCGCGCUAUUAAUGUUCCUGGCGAUAUCACCGUCAUCUCCCAAUGCCCAUCUGCUGUUAUGAGUCGAUAAAGUCAAUUCUACAAUGUCCACUAACGUACAGUCAAAAUGUUCAAGGAUUUUUAAGAAAAUAGUUCAGCGAACCAACUAUUUUAAUCCAAUGUUACCCGAGUGUUAUCUGAGUGAAAAAGUUAUAACCAUCAUCGGCGGUGGUUUGCCUCAUUCCGGAGUGGAUGCUUUUACGGGUAAAGUGCACACCUUCGCAGAUAUGAGCGAACGUAGCAUAAAAUGUGCCCUUUGGUUAAAGAAGCAAGGUGUGAAACCGGGCGAUAUAAUCGGUCUUUGCACUGAUAAUAACUUGGAUGCGUUCUUAGUUUUGUUAGGCAUUAUGUACAUAGGUGCCACAUGUAAUACGUGGGAUCAUAACCUUUCUCCGAUCACGGCACGAUACUUCCUUGAACUGACAUCGCCGAAGAUAGUCUUCACGAUAAGUUCGUCGGCCGCGAGUUUGAGGCAAACGGCUAAGGAACUGAAAAUGAACUUAAAAGUGGUGGUUCUUGACAAAUUGGAUGAGUACGAAUCUUUGGAUGAGGACGUUUUGAGAGGUCAUGACACUCGCGAGAUUGUUGAAUUUAAAUGCUUCACUACAAAACCGGAUGAUGUUGCUCUCAUAGUUCCUUCUUCGGGCACUACGGGUCUACCAAAAGCCACAAAGUUAUCUCACUAUUCUUUGCACUGCUGCAUGCAUUCUGAUAAAGUCCGCAACUUGCAAGGUCAUAUUUUCAUAAUUGUACCCACAGUACGUUGGAAUUACGGUGUUCUGAUGAGCUUCAGGGUUAUCAGUGUGCAUGCGAAGAAAAUUAUUGUGCCGGACAACGACGACGCCGAGGGUUUACUGCAAUUUAUCGAGAAGUAUCAAGUAUCUUUGUUCAGCACUGAUCCGUUCAUACUAAUCAAACUCAUUAAGAACGAAUUGCUAGAUAAAUAUCGGUUGCCAAGUCUGAAAAUGAUUAUUUCUAGUGGUGCCCACCUCAGAAAAGAGUAUCAAGAUAUACUACGCGAGAAAUUACCUCAUGUUUUCGUUAAUAAUUCUUACGGAUUGACUGAUGCGGGAUGCGUGUGCACUGCACAAACUAAAUUCAGUAAACCAGGAUCCAUCGGUUACGUGUUACCUGACGUCUGCAUAAAAAUUGUGGAUCUACAGACGGAGAAAGCGUUGGGACCUAACAAGACCGGAGAACUACGUAUAAAAGCAAUCUCCACGAUGCAAGGAUAUCACAAUAAUCCAGAAACGACAAAAAAGUCCUUCGAUUCCGACGGUUGGUUGCGCACCGGCGAUGUAGCGUAUUAUGAUGACGACGGGGAAAUAUUCCUCGUCGACAGAAUAUCCGACUUCAUCAUUUUUCGGAGCAUCAAUGUUUCACCCGCGGAAAUCGAAACCGUUUUAGCUACUCAUCCCGCGGUAUUACUAGCGGUGGUGAUAGGAAUACCCCACGAAGUCGACGAAGAACAUCCGAUGGCUGUCAUUCUCCUACUGCCGGGUAAAUCGGUAACAGAGAAGGAGCUUAUUAACUUGGUGGAGAAAAACAUGCCGGAUCAUUGCAGACUUCGUGGCGGUGUUAUAUUCGUGGACCAAUUGCCGCGCACAACCACCGGCAAAAUUGCAAGGAAGCAGCUGCGAGACAUAUAUACGAACUAAAUCGCCCCGAACUAUACACAAGCAGCAAAGGCGUCUUAUCACGUGUACCUAAAUUGUGUUUUCGUCAAAAAUGUAAUCUUGAAAAUCUCUGUGGAAACGUUCGAAUUAAGUAUAGAGUCUGUAUCAAUGUACAUUAACCGGAAAGACGCGAAUUCUCAAAAGCGAAAUAUAUAUAGUGGGAGUGACCAGGGGCAAAAGCACUAUUUUACUUAUUAGAAUCAAUAUUUUCAAUUUGCUUGGAUAUUACUUUUUUUCUUUCCUUUCUUUCAUGAAGUAAGCACAUUCAUUUAUUAU